UAAGAACUGUGGGUUCAAUUCAAUUCAAACCCUAAUCACAAUGGUGCCCUCCUCGAAAGCCGUCGUGUUUGCGAGGCAGAUGGCGAAGAAGAUCCGUGCCACGACGCCGUUUACGCGCUUCAUCUCAACGGGCGACGACAAUAAGCAGCAGAACCCUCCCGAGCCUUUACCCAACAGACCCUUGCGAGGGCAGAGAUCUUCCAACUCCGCUAAGCCUUCGCAAGAUACUGUGUCUGAUCAUGGCUUCCUCGAACAGUUCAAGCUUGGCGUAGUUCAUCAGGAAGAGGGAGAUUCUUCACGGGAACAAAAGCCUCAGGAGGAAACAAGCCAGCCAAUAGCGCCUCCCGAAGACGCGGUUGAGAUCUUCAAGGCGAUGAAGGAAGGAGGUCUGAUCCCUAACGCUGUAGCCAUGCUCGAUGGGCUCUGCAAAGAUGGGCUUAUACAGGAAGCCAUGAAGCUAUUCGGGUCGAUGCGCGACAAGGGUACAAUCCCCGAGGUGGUUAUCUACACUGCUGUUGUCGAGGGCUUUUGCAAGGCUCAUAAAAUCGAUGACGCUAAGAGGAUUUUCAGGAAGAUGCAGACCAGUGGGAUUUCUCCAAAUGCCUUCAGCUAUGGUGUCUUGGUUCAGGGGUUGUGCACUUGCAACAUGCUUGACGAAGCUGUUGAUUUCUGCGUUGAGAUGCUCGAGGCUGGUCACUCUCCCAACGUCGCCACUUUCGUUGGUUUGGUUGAUGCCUUGUGCAGAGAGAAGGGCGUCGAACAAGCCCAGUCCGCUAUUGACACGUUGAACCAGAAAGGAUUUGCUGUUAAUUUGAAGACCGUCAAGGAUUUCAUGGAGAAGACGGCGCCGUUUCCGUCCUUGGCUUGGGAAGCCAUUUUCAAGAAGAAACCAGUCGAGAAACCUUUCUGAUUGUUGCAGUCUCCAUAUAAUGUGUGCGUGACUUGUAGUCGCAACCCUGGGACAAAGAAAAAAUAAAGACCUGCGGGUUUAGAUUAUCCAGUUCGGUUACCUCGGUUUCUUUGGCCUGUGAUAGAUAUUAUAUCAAAUGGGUUCCAAAAGUUUCAGACUUUUGAGUCUUGGAAGUUAGAACCAUCUUUGAUCAAAUUUAGGAAUUCGUAUCUAAGGUGGAUUCAGUUUUAUUUUAAUGUUUUAAAUCGGCCAGAUUUGAAUGUGAUCAGGUAGGUUCCAGUUUCA